AUGUCCAUUUUUGUCCCAGAAAGCCCAGGUUUGUUAUUGGCUGCGAAUUCGACUAUUCCUACUAUGCUUAAGCAAAUCCUUGCGAAACUCCCUCGGAAAUCAUCGAAAUCGAAUCCGACGUAUUCAGACGGUAGCAAUGCUGCUACUGAUUCGGGCAACAAUGGCAGCUUCACCAACACCUGUAACGUUAUUUCAAGUCGAUUGAAUGUUGUUAAAAAGAUGUCGUCUUCGAUCUUUCCGACAUCCGGUGGCGAGAUGAUCCAGCCUCAUAUACCGUUUAAGGAUGUGCAGAGCUCCGAUAAGCCGAGGCUUCUUAUCAGUAAGUUGAAUCUUUGCUCUAACGUAUACGAUUUCGAUGAUCAAGAUAAAGAUAACGCCGAAAAAGAUCUAAAACGCCAGGUUUUAGUCGAGAUUCUUGAUUUUAUUGUGUCCGAAUCCACAAAACUCGCGGAGCCGGCCAUGUCGGCUAUCUGUAAGAUGUGUGGCGAUAAUCUUUUUCGAGAGUUCCCUCCGAAAAACUCGGCUCGUUCGCCUCGCGGCGAGACGGAAGAUGAAGAUCCGUGGUUCGAUCCGGCGUGGUCUCAUUUACAACUCGUUUAUGAAAUCCUCCUACGAUUUGUUAGUCUUAGCUCUCUCGAUCCAAAGAUCGCUAAACAGUUCAUCGAUCACUCGUUCUUGUCGAGGUUACUCAAUCUCUUUGAUUCCGAGGACCCACGAGAACGCGAGUGUUUGAAGUCGGUUUUACACCGGAUUUACGGCAAAUUCAUGGUCCACAGGCCGUUUAUACGAACGGCUGUCAGCAAUAUCAUCUACAGAUUUGUUUUCGAAACCGAAAAACACAACGGCAUUGCGGAACUACUGGAGAUUUUCGGGAGCGUGAUUAGCGGAUUUGCAUUGCCGUUGAAGAAAGAACACAAGACGUUCUUGUCACGGGCUCUGAUUCCACUGCAUAAACCAAAAUCCGUGGGAAUGUAUCAUCAUCAACUAACGUAUUGCAUCGUUCAGUUCAUCGAGAAAGAACCCAAACUAACGAGCGUCGUGAUUAACGGGCUGCUGAAAUAUUGGCCCGUAACCAGUAGUCAGAAGCAGUUGAUGUUCUUGAGCGAGCUGGAAGAGCUGCUCGAGCUCAUUCGUAGCGAUGAGUUCGAGAAGGUUAUGGUUCCGUUAUUUCAACGUAUAAGUUGCUGUCUCGAUAGCUACCAUUUUCAGGUGGCCGAGCGAGCGCACUUCUUAUGGAACAAUGAACACAUACACCAUCUUAUAAUGUGUAACCGACAAGUGAUCAUGCCUAUCGUCUUCUCGUCUUUACAACGCAACUCCAAGAACCAUUGGAACCGCACUGUGUUCAACCUAACGCAAAAUGUCAUGAAGAUGUUUCACGAGGUAGACGAGCCGUUGGUGGUUUCAUGCCAAGGCAAGUUCGAGGAGGACACAUCCGCCACCGCCGCAGUGGUUGAGAGGCGGCGCUUGACAUGGGAGCAACUUGAGAAGGUUGCCGGUGGCGGUGGUUUCGAACCGGUUUCGGUUCUAGAGAAACCCGCCGUCGCCGCCACCGCUUGUGUCGUCUCGUGCUAGGGGAAGUAGUCGGUUACGACUUUUAGCGGUCGUGAAGGCUUCCGAUGUUUGAUAUUUGUGUUGGUGCACUUGGGCAAGUGUGGUUUUUGUAGUUUUUGAGAGUGUUGUUGCUCUCAUUUCAACAAUGUUGCUAUGUAUAUCAAUGGUGUUGUCUUAUUUCAAUCAGCAACUUCUUUUACGCGUUUUAUAAAGA